ACACAGGGCGCACUUCCCACUCUGACCCCCUCGCCUCUCACCUUUCUGACUUCCUAACCCAACGGGACAGGCACAACUUGAGACGCCCCUGAGGGACCCACUGGACAGAAACCUGGGGGAAAGAAGUUUGGAUUGGAAAGAAAAAUGAGUGCUGUGCUUGUUGACAGUGGGGCAGCCAUGUCACAGUUCUCCACCAUGACGACCAGGGAGAGGAAAAUGCAGGCAGCAGCAAUCUGCAGGGAGGUUCAAGGCCCGGAAGACGUAGAGAUGGACCUCGGGAAGAAGGUGAGCGUACCUAAGGACAUCAUGCUGGAGGAGCUGUCUUUCGCCUCCAACCGGGGCUCCCGUCUCUUCAAGAUGCGUCAGAGACGUUCAGAAAAAUACACUUUUGAGAGCAUCCAGAAUGAAGCCAACAAGCAGAGCAACAACAUAUUGGCCCCUCAAGAUGAAAAUGGCAAUGCCACAGAAAAUCAAAGCGGCGAGAACAACCCGAAUGUUGACCAGCCUCCUCAGACGUCACAUGACACGGCAGACACGAGAACAGAGCCAACCCCAGACAGCAUCGCCCCUGGAUAUGGUGGUCCCUUGAAAGACAUCCCUCCAGAGAAGUUCAACAGCACAGCCAUCCCAAAGUCCUACCACUCACCCUGGGAACAGGCCAUCAUCAACGACCCCAACUUGGCAGACACCCUCAUCAGUCACAUGCCAGAGCCUGAGCCGCUGCCAGAGCUACCAGGGUACAAAAGCUUCAACAGGGUGGCAACCCCAUUCGGCGGUUUUGGCAAGACACCCAGCCCCGCUCCCAUCAAGUCCCCCCAGGUGGAGCCGCUCCCUGAUUACCCUGAGCUCCGGGGGGAGACGGCAGCACUACGACCCUCCUUCAACAGAACUGCUCUGGGGUGGGUGUCAGUGGGCACCCCUGUCCUCCUCCCUACCAUUUCCCUUGAGCCCAUGUUCAUCCCUGAGUCAGACGACCUUUGAACCCCUGAUGAAGUCAUAAGAAGAUGCUGUCUACUUAGUCGCUACACCCGCGGUUAUUGUGUGAGGGGUGAGAUUUAGUUCAGAGUACAGUCAGGGUGAGAAAAAGCAUCCAGUAAGAAUUAGCUGGUAUGAGUUACCAUGCAUGCAGCAUGCAGCAGGAUCCUUACCUUGCAUUGCCAGGGCCUCCAAACUAUUUCACUGCACUCAAAAGUAAAUUAAUUAGCCUGCACAGUAUAAUGUACUAGCCACAGUCACUAUUUGAAUAUAUAAGAUGCAUUGUAUAUUAAUGUGUAUUCAAGUAUUUUAUCUUCCUGACACAUUUCUUUGCUCAUGCUAUUCAUUU